GUCUCCAUGGCGGCGGCGGGCCCCGGGUACCGGCGGGAGCGGGCUCUGGCCCUGCGGAGCAGCAGCUCCGCCCUGUACAACAACCUGGCCGUGCUGUUCUCCCCCGCGCGGCCCCCCCGGGCCUUCGGCGCCGUGCACGGCACCACCCUCAGCCUGCUGGCCCCCGAGGGGCCCCCGCGGCAGCUGCCGGCGCGGGGGGGCGGCUCGGCCCUCAGCACCCCCCUGCUCACACAGGCCGCCUGGUGUGAGCUGCCAGCCCGGGUGCUCCUGGUCCUCACGUCCCAGCGCGGUGUCCAGAUGUACGAGGCCGAUGGCUCCACCCUGGUGUUCUGGCACGCGCUGGACGUCCCAGAGCACCCGGCAGCACAUUCCGUGUUUGCCCGAGGCAUCUCCACGGCCGGGGAGCGCUUCAUCUGCGUGGGGACGUCCUCCGGGGCUGUGCUGGUAUUCGACAUCCCCCCCAAAGGCACCAACGUGACCCUGAGUGAGGUCCUGGAGCAGCACCGACACCCCAUCACCGACAUCGCGGCCGAGCAGGGCCAGGCCCCGGAGGGAGCUGGGGACCUGGUGACAGCCGAUGACUCUGGGACCCUCUGCCUGUGGAGCACCGGGGAGGAGUUCACCCUGCUCAGAAAGAUCCCGGGAUCUGGCUGCACCUGCUCCUCGGUGACACUGUGGAACGGGAUCGUGGCUGCGGGCUACGGGAACGGGCAGAUCCGGCUGUGGGAGGCAGGGUCGGGGCAGCUCCGUGCCCAGGUGAAUGCCCACGCCCGCUGGAUCUACGCCCUGGACCUGGCACCGCUCACUGGAAAGCUGCUGUCGGGCGCAGAGGAUUCCUUUGUCCACGUCUGGGAGCUCAGCAGGGACCCGGACACGGAUGAUGUCGAGAUCCGGCACUGCCACGCCGAGUGCGUGACGGACACGCAGGUCUGCGGCGCCCGGUUCUGUGACCCCGCCGGGGACACCUUCGCCGUCACCGGCUACGACCUGAGCGAGAUCCUCUGCUACGGCCUGGCCUGAGCCGGCAACGCCGGCAGCACCGGCUCAAUCCGGCACCGCAGGUGAGGGGUGGGCACAGACCCCCUGCAGCUCCGUGGGGAUGUGACGGGGGAGCUGGGCCUGAUCCCCCCGUGCCCAAAGCCCUGCCGAGGGCUGGAGCUGCUCUGGAGCCACCCCAUCGAGGGGAUCCCGAGACACUCCCGUGGCCCCCCCUCCAGGUCCUGGGAUCCUCCCGUGGCCCCCCGCCCUUCCCGGAGGGUGGCGUGGCUGGGAACGGGCUGGCCCAGACGGGCGGAUCCCGGGAAACCUGUGCUACCUGCUGCCCUGCCCCGCCCGGGAGAGCCCCGAGCCUGGCCCAGCCCUGAGCCUGGCCCAGCCCCCGGGGGCAGCUCCCCAGCCCCAAGAACGUGGGGCCACACGGGGACCGGCAUGGGAGGAAGUGGGGGAUCAGUGGGGACGCAGGGAGUCUGGGAGAACACCCCUGUGUGUUCUUGUGCCCCCGUGGGACCUCACACCCCCUUGGAACCCCACAGCCCUGUGGGACCCCAACCUCCUGUAGGACCCCACAGCCCCGUGGGGCGCCCAGCUCCCGUGGGAACCCCCACCCCCAUGGGACCCCGCAGCCCCACAUCCGCUGGCCAGACGUGCAGGGCCCCAGCUGUGCUCCGGGGCUGGAAACAGCAGCAGCUGCAGCAGGACCUCAGGGACGUCCUCAGGUCCCCUUGGUUUCCCCCUGGCUGCCCCUGACCCCCCUGGCGGGCUGCCCUGCCCCAGCCCCCUCGUGGGAGCUGACGUGACCCCAGCCUCUGCUCCCAGGGCCCUGUGAGGCCAUAGUGGGGACACAGAGACAAGGGGGGGCUCAGCCUGGGACAGGCCCUGAGGGGGGAGCCCCCAGCCUGCCCCCCAGCCACUCCUGCCAUGCUGGGGGACGAGCCAUGGACAGGGAUCUGCCCCCUCAAGAAAUGACCUCACCCACAUGUCCCUUUUGUGUCUCCCCCAACCCAUGAGCUGCACCCCCAUGUGUGGGUCAGGCCCCCCUACUCCUGUUCCCAACCCUCAUGUACUUUGUACCCCCCAAUAAAUACACCCCA